UAUACAAUCUCGUAACAAAAAAAUGUCGGGUGUACAAUUAGCAACGGCUCAUGCCACAAAGCCAGACAACACAUCCACCGCCGCCGCAGGGUCUGCCAGCGGUGGUGGCAUGAUGGGUUCGAUACGUUUGAUCGAACUCCAGCUUGUGGCAUUCAUUAUGGUCUUUUCCGCCAUUGGUCUUGUCCCUAUUUUAGACCUUAUAUUCCCCGCUAUCAUAACAUCCUAUCUCCUAAUGCUAUCGCGAUUAGCAUUUCCCGGGAGAGCUAAGACGAAGGAAAUAGUAAAAUGUACGGGAAUGUUACGUGUUUAUUCAAUUAUGGGCACGGUUAUUGGGUUGUUUUUGCCAUUAGCAUAUGUAUUGGGAGGGUUUGCAAGGGGGGACAAUGAAGCGGUUAGAUCGGCGACACCAGCAUUGUUCUUGCUUUCGUUUCAAAUAUUGACGGAAAAUGUCAUAAGUGGGUUGUCCUUGUUUUCGGCUCCUGUUAGAGCUUUGGUACCCAUGUUGUAUACGGUUAGAAGAUUGUUUGCUAUUUUGGAUUGGAUACAAGAUGUUUGGUACAACAAAUCCCUUGAUGCAGAUGCUCAUAUCCAGGAUAUCGCAUGGUAUUGGUUUGGGAUAAGCCUGGCAGUUGCAAAUUUAGCAUAUUUUUCGAUCAAUAUAUUUGCAUUCUUGAUUCCCCGUUUUCUCCCAAAAGCAUUUGAGCUAUAUUUUAAGGAAAGGUACGACGAGACAGGGGCAAAGUUGUCUGAUUACAAACAUCAAGAUAAGAAGUUUGAUUAAUUGAUUAGUUUAGCAAAGUAUUUUGUUAAUUUGUACGUA